UUGUUCCUGUUUAGAAGUCACGGAAGCCCACCCAUCUUCAUUGUUGAUGGAGUGCACCCUGGACAGGUUCCUGGUUCAUUGUGGAACCACAGAAAGACAAACACCACUCACCCUUACAUCUAUACCUACAGAACAAUUUGGAGUCACGAAUCAACACAAGGAGCAUGUUUUUGAACUGUGGAAAAUUCCAUAUACAUUUCACACAGAAAGACCUAGAUGGGACCCAGAACCAGAGCCCUGUUGAACCAGAGAACCAGAGCCCUAAUUCUCAGUUGGUUGCAGAUGGUUUUGUAGGUGGAACCCAUCAGAUGAAGCAUUUAAAAAUACUACUUCUGUAAUGAGUUUAUUUUGGGGGAACAAAAUCCUUUCCCAUUCUCAUGCUUGUUUUAAAAUCAGGAAUUCUUCUUUCCCACGCCUGCAAGCCCAGAAACAAAAAACUGUUGCCUUGUUAUUGGCCAAUCAGAUAUUUGCGUCAAUGCACAGCUGAACAGGUGGUUAAUGUUGUGGCUGCUGAAUGAAGGCCAUCUGGGUCUUCACAUACAAAUUUAGCCCAAAGCUUUAGGCUUAAAUGUUAAUCUGCACGAUUGACAUACAUGAGCUGUCAUUAUUAUUAAUUGUUUAUGUAACUAAAAAUAGUAAGCAUGUAAAACAAACCAUGACAUUUGCAAUGGUUUUGAUGAUUUAUCAUGUCUGAAUAAAAAAGUAAAAGCAUAAACCUUAUGAAUAGGAAACCUUUGGCUAUUUUCAAAUAAUGCAAUUUUAUGUGAGAAAAAAAUGUAUGAAAAAUAAAUAGGUAGAAAUAAUUUAAUCACAAUGCAACUUUUCUGUAAUUGUGACCCUUGAAAUCGGCAAUGCAGCAACCAGAAAAAGUAACUUUUUCAAAGUAUAAUGUAACUCAUAAAUGUUUUUUGUAAAUAAUUUUGAAUAUCCCUGAGAGGCAUCUAGAAAACUGUCAACAUUUGUAUCUCUUUAAUCAAAAGUAAUUUUCUUUUUUAUGUUUCUGUAAACAAUGUAUAAAAGAGAUAGCAGCUUUUAAGGGCUCAAAGUUUCCAUAAUGGUUGCAUCUGUAGAAUCAAAUGUAGUAUGUGAAGAAAGAGGUUUGAUAUCUGAGUGUGUCUUAUUAUAGGCCUUAUCUCAGACUGGUUGGCAAAUGGUCUUGUCCUUUUAAGGUGAGGUGAUCUUUGUGGAAAGGGCCUUACAUUCAGUUUUAUUAGAGCAACACGAGAUGUGCCAGUGCCCUGCAACCAUAUACCAGCGGCACUUGGGUGCUUCUCCAAAAUGAACUUCCAUUCUUAGCUGAGAGGCAGUGUGGUUACUUGGUAUGGGGAGGCAACUUUUUUUAUUCUAAAAUGAUCAAAUCUUAGUUUGAAUCUUAAAUAAUACAUUUGUAGGAGCAAAGGAUCUGGAUAAAAUUGUUUUGCACAACAUCUAUUUUAGGACAUACCUAAAACAUUACUAUUAUGCUUCUGUUUCAUGAGAAGCCCAAUGCUUUUAAACAUGUUGCAUGAGAUUAUUAAUACUGUAAAGAAUAACUUGCACUUAAAAAAAGCAGGGGGUUUAAAGUAAAAAAAAAAGAAUGCUUAAAAAAGUGGCAAUAAUUGUUUUAGUGCAAAGAGCUCAAAUCCGACCAAGCUUUGACACUUAAUACAGAUGACAUUUAAAUGUUUUUUAUUAAGGGUGAAGAAUUUAUGAACCCAAAAACGGAGGUCAAAGGACAUUUCCUUUAAUAGAUUAUUACAAUUUUUAUUGUGAAUCCUGAUUUUUAUGUCUCCAUAAGAUAUUUUACUCAGAAAAGGUCACAUAUGUACCCCACAAAAUAUUUCGGAGCAAUAAUUUUCAAUGUGAAAUUAGAAUUCAUUUAUUUUUUGUUAUCUUUUUUCCUUUUUAUUUUGACAUUGCUUAGUAGAAUAAGCAUCAUCUGGGAGAUAAUAAAUUUUAUAUCAAUAAAUAGCCUACUUGACAUGAAAUGUCACACGAUUGCUCUUAAGAUGACAAGGAUGCUUGACCAAAACGAGGGGCUGCCUACUGCUGACAAGGCAGUUAUAGCCUUUAUAAAAGCUGCAGCCUCAGACUCGACUGAGAACUGAGAGGCAUCCAUCAGAGCAUCUUUAGACAUCAACAUUUGUCUGGGUCACUCAGUUGGAGUAAUCAAAGGACCAUCUAAAGUGCAAAAAUGAGCACUGACGCAGAGAUGGAGGCCUAUGGGCCUGCGGCCAUCUACCUCCGCAAGCCAGAGAAGGAGAGGAUUGAGGCUCAGACGGCUCCCUUUGAUGCCAAAACAGCCUACUUUGUGGCAGAACCAGAGGAGAUGUACCUGAAGGGAAAACUUAUCAAAAGAGAGGGUGGCAAAGCCACUGUUGAGACAGUAACAGGAAAGACUUUAACUGUGAAAGAAGAUGACAUCCAUCCCAUGAACCCUCCCAAGUUUGAUAAAAUUGAGGACAUGGCCAUGAUGACCCACCUCAAUGAACCUGCUGUGCUGUACAACCUCAAAGAGCGUUUUGCAUCAUGGAUGAUCUAUACUUACUCUGGCCUGUUCUGCGUCGUUGUGAACCCCUACAAGUGGCUUCCAGUGUACGAUGCUCAGGUUGUUGGAGCGUACAGAGGGAAGAAGAGGAUUGAGGCUCCCCCUCAUAUCUUUUCCAUCUCUGAUAAUGCCUAUCAGUUCAUGCUCACUGACCGUGAGAACCAGUCUAUUCUGAUCACUGGAGAAUCUGGUGCUGGAAAGACUGUAAACACCAAGCGUGUCAUCCAGUACUUUGCAACAAUUGCAAUGACUUCAUCUAAAAAGGCAGAGGCAACGCCUGGCAAAAUGCAGGGUUCUCUGGAAGAUCAAAUCAUUGCAGCCAACCCUCUGCUGGAGGCCUAUGGUAAUGCCAAGACUGUGAGGAAUGACAACUCUUCCCGCUUUGGUAAAUUUAUCAGAAUUCACUUUGGAACUUCUGGGAAACUUGCUUCAGCAGAUAUUGAAACAUAUCUGCUGGAGAAGUCUCGUGUCACCUUCCAGUUGUCUGCUGAGAGGAGCUACCAUAUCUUCUACCAGCUGAUGACGGGCCACAAACCUGAGCUCCUGGAGGCUCUUUUGAUCACCACCAACCCGUAUGACUAUCACAUGAUCAGCCAGGGUGAAGUUACUGUCAAGAGCAUCAAUGAUGUGGAGGAGUUCAUUGCAACUGAUACUGCCAUUGACAUUUUGGGAUUCACUGCUGAGGAAAAAAUGGGCAUCUACAAGCUGACUGGUGCUGUGAUGCAUCAUGGUAACAUGAAGUUUAAGCAGAAGCAGCGAGAGGAGCAGGCUGAACCUGACGGCACUGAGGUGGCUGAUAAAAUUGCCUACCUGAUGGGCCUGAACUCAGCUGACAUGCUGAAAGCUCUGUGCUACCCAAGAGUUAAAGUCGGAAAUGAGAUGGUCACCAAAGGUCAGACCGUCCCACAGGUCAACAAUGCUGUCAGUGCUCUGUGCAAGUCUGUCUACGAGAAAAUGUUCUUGUGGAUGGUCAUCCGCAUCAAUGAGAUGUUGGACACAAAGCAGCCAAGACAGUUCUUCAUUGGAGUGCUGGACAUUGCUGGAUUUGAGAUCUUUGAUUUCAACAGCUUGGAGCAGCUCUGCAUCAACUUCACCAAUGAGAAGCUGCAACAGUUUUUCAACCACCACAUGUUUGUUCUGGAGCAAGAGGAGUACAAGAAAGAAGGCAUUGAGUGGGAGUUCAUUGACUUUGGCAUGGACUUGGCUGCCUGCAUUGAGCUUAUUGAGAAGCCAAUGGGCAUCUUCUCCAUCCUUGAAGAGGAGUGCAUGUUCCCCAAGGCUUCUGAUACAACUUUCAAGAACAAGCUGCAUGAUCAGCAUCUUGGCAAGAGCAAAAGUUUUGAGAAACCUAAACCCGGAAAGGGAAAAGCUGAAGCUCACUUCUCACUGGUCCACUAUGCUGGAACAGUAGAUUACAACAUCAGUGGCUGGCUGGACAAGAACAAGGACCCACUGAACGACUCAGUGGUGCAGCUCUACCAGAAGUCUGCAAACAAACUACUGGCCCUUCUCUAUGCUUCUCACGCUGCAGCUGAUGAUGCUGCUGGUGGUGGUGGCAAGAAGGGUGGUAAGAAGAAGGGUGGCUCCUUCCAAACCGUGUCCGCUCUUUUCAGGGAGAACUUGGGCAAAUUGAUGACCAACUUGAGGAGCACUCAUCCCCACUUUGUGCGUUGCCUGAUUCCAAAUGAAUCAAAGACUCCAGGGCUUAUGGAGAACUUCUUGGUUAUCCACCAGCUGAGGUGUAACGGUGUGUUGGAGGGAAUCAGAAUCUGCAGGAAAGGUUUCCCCAGCAGAAUCCUCUAUGGUGACUUCAAGCAGAGAUACAAAGUAUUGAAUGCCAGUGUCAUCCCUGAGGGACAGUUCAUUGACAACAAGAAAGCUUCAGAGAAGCUGCUUGGGUCUAUUGAUGUUGACCACACUCAGUACAAGUUUGGACACACUAAGGUGUUCUUCAAAGCUGGUCUGCUGGGUACACUUGAGGAGAUGAGAGAUGAGAAACUAGCAGAACUGGUGACCAUGACUCAGGCUCUCUGCAGAGGAUAUGUUAUGAGGAAGGAGUUUGUUAAGAUGAUGGAGAGGAGAGAAUCUAUCUUCGCCAUUCAGUACAACAUCCGCUCCUUCAUGAAUGUGAAGAACUGGCCAUGGCUCAAGCUUUACUUCAAGAUCAAGCCUCUGCUGAAGAGCGCUGAGACUGAGAAGGAGCUGCAGGAGAUGAAAGGAAACUAUGAAAAGAUGCAAACAGACCUGGCUGCUGCUUUGGCCAAGAAGAAGGAACUGGAGGAGAAAAUGGUUUCUCUGCUGCAGGAGAAGAACGACCUCCAGCUUCAAGUGGCUGCUGAAACUGAGAAUCUCGGGGAUGCUGAGGAAAGGUGUGAGGGACUCAUUAAGAGCAAAAUCCAGCUUGAGGCCAAACUCAAAGAGACGACCGAGAGACUGGAGGAUGAAGAGGAAAUCAAUGCUGAGCUGACUGCCAAGAAGAGGAAGCUGGAGGAUGAAUGCUCUGAGCUGAAGAAGGACAUUGAUGACUUGGAGCUCACCCUGGCUAAAGUGGAGAAGGAGAAACAUGCCACUGAGAACAAGGUGAAAAACCUGACAGAGGAAAUGGCUUCUCAAGAUGAGUCCAUUGCCAAGCUGACCAAGGAGAAGAAAGCCCUCCAAGAGGCCCAUCAACAAACACUGGAUGAUCUCCAGGCAGAGGAAGACAAAGUCAACACUCUGACCAAAGCCAAGACAAAGCUGGAACAGCAAGUGGAUGAUCUUGAAGGUUCAUUGGAGCAAGAGAAGAAGCUCCGCAUGGAUCUUGAGAGAGCCAAGAGGAAGCUGGAAGGAGAUCUGAAACUAGCCCAGGAAUCCAUAAUGGAUCUGGAAAAUGACAAGCAGCAGUCUGAUGAAAAGAUCAAGAAGAAGGACUUUGAAAUCAGUCAGCUUCUAAGCAAGAUUGAGGAUGAACAAUCCCUUGGUUCUCAGCUGCAGAAAAAGAUCAAGGAACUCCAGGCUCGUAUUGAGGAGCUGGAAGAGGAGAUUGAGGCUGAGAGAGCUGCUCGGGCCAAAGUAGAGAAGCAGAGAGCUGAUCUCUCCAGGGAGCUUGAGGAGAUCAGUGAGAGGCUUGAAGAAGCUGGAGGUGCAACAGCUGCUCAGAUUGAGAUGAACAAGAAGCGUGAAGCUGAGUUCCAGAAGCUGAGGAGGGAUCUUGAGGAGUCCACACUGCAGCAUGAAGCUACUGCAGCAGCUCUCCGCAAGAAGCAGGCCGACAGCGUUGCAGAGCUGGGAGAGCAGAUCGACAACCUGCAGCGCGUCAAGCAGAAGCUGGAGAAGGAGAAGAGCGAGUACAAGAUGGAGAUUGAUGAUCUCAGCAGCAACAUGGAGGCUGUUGCCAAGUCAAAGGGCAACUUGGAGAAAAUGUGCAGAACUCUUGAGGACCAGCUGAGUGAGCUCAAAGCCAAAAAUGAUGAGAACAUUCGCCAACUGAAUGACCUGAAUGCACAGAGGGCAAGGCUGCAGACAGAAAAUGGUGAAUUUUCUCGUCAGCUUGAGGAGAAAGAAGCUCUUGUAUCUCAGUUGACCAGAGGCAAACAGGCCUUCACUCAGCAGAUUGAGGAACUGAAGAGACAUGUGGAGGAGGAAGUGAAGGCCAAGAACGCUCUGGCCCAUGCUGUCCAGUCUGCCCGCCAUGACUGCGAUCUGCUCAGAGAGCAGUUUGAGGAGGAGCAGGAGGCCAAAGCUGAGCUGCAGAGAGGAAUGUCCAAGGCCAACAGUGAGGUGGCUCAGUGGAGAACCAAAUAUGAGACUGAUGCUAUCCAGCGCACUGAGGAACUGGAGGAGGCCAAGAAAAAGCUUGCCCAGCGCCUCCAGGAUGCUGAGGAGUCCAUUGAGGCUGUGAACUCCAAGUGUGCCUCUUUGGAGAAGACCAAGCAGAGGCUGCAGGGUGAAGUGGAGGACCUCAUGAUUGAUGUGGAGAGAGCUAAUUCUCUUGCUGCAAACCUGGACAAGAAACAGAGAAACUUUGAUAAGGUCCUGGCAGAAUGGAAGCAGAAGUAUGAGGAGAGCCAGGCAGAGCUUGAAGGAGCUUUAAAGGAGGCCCGCUCUCUCAGCACAGAACUGUUCAAGAUGAAGAACUCCUACGAGGAGUCCCUGGAUCAGCUGGAGACCAUGAAGAGGGAGAACAAGAACCUGCAGCAGGAAAUCUCAGACCUGACUGAACAGAUUGGAGAGACUGGAAAGACAAUCCAUGAGCUGGAGAAAGCCAAAAAAUCUGUGGAGACAGAAAAGACCGAAAUUCAAACAGCUUUGGAGGAAGCUGAGGGCACUCUGGAGCACGAGGAGGCCAAGAUUCUCAGAGUUCAGCUUGAGCUCAACCAGGUCAAAGGUGAGAUUGACAGGAAGCUGGCAGAGAAGGACGAGGAGAUAGAACAGAUCAAGAGGAACAGCCAGAGGGUGAUUGAAUCCAUGCAGAGCACUCUUGAUGCUGAGGUCAGGAGCAGAAAUGAUGCCCUGAGAGUCAAGAAGAAGAUGGAGGGAGACCUGAAUGAGAUGGAGAUUCAGCUCAGCCACGCCAACAGGCAGGCUGCUGAGGCCCAGAAACAACUCAGGAAUGUUCAGGGACAACUCAAGGAUGCCCAACUGCACCUUGACGAUGCUCUGAGAGCACAAGAUGACAUGAAGGAGCAGGUUGCCAUGGUGGAGCGCAGGAAUGGUCUGAUGUUAGCUGAGAUUGAGGAGCUGAGAGCCGCUCUGGAGCAGACAGAGAGAGGACGCAAAGUGGCUGAACAGGAGCUGGUUGAUGCCAGUGAACGUGUCGGACUGCUUCACUCCCAGAACACCAGUCUUCUGAACACCAAGAAGAAGUUGGAGGCUGACUUUGUCCAGGUUCAGGGUGAAGUGGAUGAUGCCAUUCAAGAAGCAAGAAAUGCAGAAGAGAAAGCCAAGAAGGCCAUUACUGAUGCUGCCAUGAUGGCUGAAGAGCUAAAGAAAGAACAGGACACCAGCGCUCAUCUGGAGAGGAUGAAGAAGAACCUGGAGGUCACUGUGAAGGACCUGCAGCACCGUCUGGAUGAAGCUGAGAACCUGGCUAUGAAGGGUGGAAAGAAGCAGCUCCAGAAACUGGAGUCCAGGGUACGUGAGCUGGAGAGUGAAGUUGAAGCUGAGCAGAGACGUGGAGCUGAUGCGGUCAAAGGAGUUCGCAAAUAUGAGAGGAGAGUGAAGGAGCUCACUUAUCAGACCGAGGAGGACAAGAAGAAUGUGACCAGGCUUCAGGAUCUGGUUGACAAGCUGCAGCUCAAAGUCAAGGCUUACAAAAGACAGGCAGAAGAAGCUGAGGAGCAGGCCAACACCCACAUGUCCAGGCUCAGAAAGGUCCAGCAUGAACUGGAAGAAGCUCAGGAGCGUGCUGACAUUGCUGAGUCCCAGGUCAACAAGCUGAGAGCCAAGAGCCGUGAAGCUGGACGGUCGGAUGCUGCAGAAUAAGAAGAAUCAUGCAGUUGAGCCUCAAAAAUGAAGUUUAUAAAAUAUGAACUCGUGUUUUUGGGGUCUUAAACAUCUCAAUAAAGCUCUGCAACAUAAUGGC